AUAUUCCGUGUAUAUAUUAUCAAAUGAUAUGAUAUUAAAACUUAAUAUUAUUUAAUUUGUGAUUGUUAAAAGUUAUUUAUUUGAGUUAUUUUUUCGAUAAAGUAUAUUUUUCUAUUUGAUCACAUAGAUCUGUAUGCCUUAUGUGCUUCUGUUACUUGAUUUCAUAAGUAAAUUAAUAUAAAGUAUAAUUCAAGUAAAUUUAUUAUAUUUUAUUUCAAUAUGCCUGGUGAACUGACAGCAGAUGUAAUUACUUUAGAGCUUGGAGCUCAGGAACCAUGGCCUCAGUUGAUACAAUUAUAUAGACCAUUUGAAGUAGAGCAAAUAUUAUUGCCAGACAAUGCUAACUGUCUUGCUGUUCAAGCUUUUCUUAAAAUGUGUAAUUUGGAGUUUCAAAUAAAGUCAAGAAGAGAUGCUGAGUAUAUGUCUCCAAAUGGUUCUUUACCUUUUAUCAAAUGUGGUGCAUUUGUACUAUCCGAGUUUGAUAAUAUAGUGUCCUUUAUUUCAAACAAAGGGACAAGUUUAUCCAAUCAUUUAAAACCUGUAGAUAAAUCAGAUAUGAAAGCUUAUAUUUCCUUAGUCAACAAUGUUUUUGUGAAUGCAGAACUUUAUAUUUGUUGGGUCGAUCAAACAACAUUAGAAGAAGUAACUAAACAAAGACAUGGCAGUGUUUAUCCCUGGCCUCUUAAUCAUUACCUGAAUUGGCAAAAAAGAAAGCAAGUUAUAAAAAGACUUACUGUACUUGGUUGGUAUAAUAGAACUUUAGAAGAAGUCUCUAAUGAAGUUGAAAAUUGUUGUGUGAUAUUAUCAGAAAGAUUGAAUGGGAGAAACUUCUUUUUUGGUGACAAAAAUCCAAAUGAAUUGGAUGCCCUUGUUUUUGGACAUAUUUUUACGAUUAUUACAACACCUCUUCCGAACAACGUACUGGCGAAUAUUGUCAAGAAUUUCCCAACACUUGUGAAUCUCUGCAAACGCAUCGAGAAUAGCAUUUUUUCUCUACAAACAUUAGCAGUCAAAUAGAUUAACAAAACGUUGGAAACAAGAGAUAAGUGACACAUCUAAGGAGAUUUGUAAUUAUUGCAAGAAUAUAUAAAACUUAAACAAGGUGUUUUUAACAUUCAGCGAAAAAUUUCUUUUGGGUAUUAUUAAAACAUUGAUUAUAGUAAUACUCUGUUCUCAUGUUAAAAAGAUGAAAGAGUUAUUUUCCAUGUACCUGUGCAUAAUAUUCAUGCUACUUGUACCAAUAAUAAGUGUAUAAACAUAUAUGCAUCAUAUGUAGCGUUCAUAAUUUUGUUGAUACCAAUGAAUGUAAACAGAUGAUAAUAAUGUUAUGAUACUAAAUAGAAAAUUUCUUUAUUCUGGUAUUUUCUAAGUUCUCUUUAAGAUGUACAUUUUUUUCAAUUCAUCUUUAUGUAAUCAUUGAUAAAUUAUAGAUAAUCCUUAUUUAAAGUUGUAUGUUAUUGUGCUUGUUACUGUGUUUUUAGUUGAAAUAUAAUGUGUUAUUGUUAAAUAUGUUUUUAAAUAACAGAACAGAGUAAUAUGAUUAUUUUUUAACAAAGAUGAAAUAUUUCAUCUUCUUCACAUAACUUAUUUUACAAAUUAAUUUUUAUCUAGUCAACUUUACCUUAAAUCAUUUCACAUUAGACUUAUGUAUAUGGUAAUAUAUAAAUUACAAUCAUUAUAAGACUCUACUAUAUGGUUUAUUAAUAUAUAAAGUAGUGCAGUCUUAUAAAUAAUAUAAAAUUUAUUACAUCAAAUUCUUUCAUCUAUUAUUACAACUAUUUGACUAUUACUUCUCAAGUAUUUAAUAAUUAUGCAAGUACUUUGUAAAUAUAUAUAAUAUAUUACUGAUUUCUUUUUUCUUUAAAAUUUAAUAAAGAUAAAAGAAUUUGAGAUAACAUUAUUAAUAAAUAAUUAUUCAAUGAAACAAUAUAAUUAAUAUCUUAGAAUAAUAUUUAUCUGCAAAGUUGAAAUAUUUGUAUCUCAUACUUGAUUUUAUUAAUUUUUUAUGAAGUUCUCAUUUUGAAAAUAUUUUUUAAAUAAACAUUAUGUAUAUUUAAUAUUUGUGUCACUUACCUGUAUAGUAAACAUGUAUAAUAAUUAACAUUUAUUAAUGAUUAGAUACAUGUUUCUUGUGUCCAGCGCUUUUGUUAUUCUUAUAUAGAUAAUUAUGUUUUAUUGAGCACAAAUUAUAUAUAUAUAUAUAUAUAUAUAUAUAUAUAUAUAUAUAUAUAUAUAUUUUUAUAUAUUCAUAUUUUCUCAAAGAUAUAUGUAUAUAUAUACUAAUAUGUUAGAACCAGAUAUUGUGAAGAAAAAGUUAUAUUAAAAUAACAAUGGUAUAUAAUGACAUUUAAUAUAAAAAUAUAAUAAAAAUAUCUAUUUAUAGUCAAUGUUAUAUGUAUUAUUAUUAAUUUCUGGAAUAAUAAUUGUAUGAUUGGUCUAGCACAAUGAAUAAUAUUGAAGCUAUUUAGAUUAGUCCACCAUAUUGUUUGUGUAAUACGAAUAAUGUGUAUUUUUAUCUUGUUAUAUCACAAGAUUUUUAAAAUUUGUUCCAUUCCUUUUUAUGCAAAUAUUUAUUUAACAUAUGUAUUGUUAUGACGUAUUAACCUUUAUUAAUGUAAACUGUUCUUAUCAUGUAUCUAUAUGAACGUAUAAACAAAAUGUUUUAAAUGUUAUUAAAAAAGAGAUGUACUUAAAAAAAUAUGCAUUUUUGAAUCCUUCCACGAGAAGUCAGUUACACAAAUACAUAUAAAACAAUACUCGUUCAUGUCGUGUAGAUGCUUAGCGAGGAAAAAGUUUCGAUUGUUUGACACGUAUGCUAAGAGGCACUACUGCGCCUUCAUAUUUACAAUGAAAAUGGCUAAAAACAAAAUUUACGCAAAAACUGAAUUCUUUGAAAUUCAUAUUCGAUUUUGAUGAUUAAGAGAUCGUUCGAAAGAUAAUAGAUAAAUACCUAAAUUUAUCUUUUUAGUAUAUUAAAAAACGAUUCUUUUGCGUGAAAAUUACAUUUAAAAGUAAUCUUUUUUUAAACAUGUUUUAUGUAAAAAAAAUAAUAUUUUUUCCAAAUUCGUUAAAGCUAAUCUUGUAUGUUUAUUUGUUUUCAUCCAAAUGAGUGUUUGUUUAUCAAAAUUGAACUGAGUUGACCAAAAAAUUUUUAGAAGAAAUUCUUGUAAACAUAUAGGAUAAUAAACAAUCCUAAUACAUACCAUUCUUUAUUCUCGAUAAGGAAUAAAAUAUAUACAUAAAUAAGAUAUAGUAUAUUUAAAAAAAUCAAGGUUCUGUAAAAAUUAAUUCAUAUAUCAUGAAUAUUUGAGUAUGACAUUUUCUAAAAUUUUAUUAUGCAUUAGCAUUAAAGAUUCUCACAAUUAUUUUCUAACAUUACUGGUUGAAUGUAUUGUUUUACAGGUAGUUAAUAUUGGUAUACAUGUUUGUAUAGAAUAACUCAAAAAAUAUGCAACAAUUGAUAAUGAAAGAAUAUACAAACUUUAAUGUAUAUGAGAUGUUAAUACAUGCAUAUGGUAAGCAUAUGUUAUAAUAACAUGAUUUAAAAUUUAUUGCAAUUUAAAAUUUGAUGCCAACCAUGUGCGUGUGGUUUUUUGUGGAAAUCAUAAAAAUUUCCAAGAUAAUACAAUUCUUGUUAUAAUGUUAUGUAUUAUCUUAGUUAAUUUUUUUUUGAUACAGAUUAUAAAUUACAUAUGAUUUUAUAAACCUGUAUUUAUCUAUCAUGUAUAAUUAUAUAAUUAUAUUACACACACACAUAC